AUGACCGAAAGCUCUGAGAUAACAUACGACUUUGUCGUCAUCGGUGGUGGCACCGCUGGAAGUGUCGUUGCCGGAAGACUUGCGGAGAAUCCCAAUGUGACAAUCCUGGUAGUUGAAGCAGGCCUUGGAAACCCAAAAGAUGUCACAGAAGUCAUGACGCCUGCCCGGGCGUUUGAACUUCGAAAUAGCCGUUUUGACUGGGCUUAUCAAACAACAUUUGUAGACAAGCCGGAUUACGAACGCGUUGAAAAGCCAAAUACCCGCGGAAAGUGCCUUGGUGGUAGUAGCAGCCUCAACUAUUUCACCUGGCUGCGAGGAAGCAAGGGAACCUUCGACGCAUGGGAGGAGUAUGGCGGGCCCGAUUGGAAUUGGCAAAGUUGCAAGGAGUACUUUCAGAAGGCAAGUCCAGCCUCAUAUCACGAUGAUCGUAAAUUAUACGACCCAGGGUUUUCGAAAAUUGGCCUCGAUGGCCCAGUGCAUGUCUCCCAUGCGGAGUUGCUGCCGGAGACUGAGUUCUUCCGACAAGCAUUGACAAAGGCAUGGAUUGGCGAAGGCCAUGUCGUCAAAGAGGACAUAUAUGACGGUGAGGUGUACGGUCUCACCCAUUGCAUCAACUCGGUGUACAGGGGUGUGCGAUCGAACAGUGCGGCAUACCUGAAUGGCAAGAAUAACGUCAGCAUCAUUUACUCCAGUGUUGCGACCAAGAUCAAUUUCCAGGAAACAAAUGACGGCACAGCAGUUGUUAAAAGUGUUACUGUUGUCGAUAGAGAUCAAAACCCACUCAAAAUAUCAGUGAGAAAGGAGGUAAUCAUUUCGGCAGGUGUUUUUGAGACGCCGAAACUGUUACUUCUUUCGGGUAUCGGUCCAAGACGCGAGCUCGCACGUCACGGGCUGGCACCAGUGAUAAUCUGUGAGCAUGUGGGUGAGCAUUUGCUGGAUCAUCCGAUCCUUCCACAUGUGUUUAGGUUGAAAGAUGGAGUUGGCCUGGAUCACGUCCUACUUCAAAAAGGACACCACCAUGAUGCUGCAAUAGCACAGUAUGAAAAGAACAAAACUGGUCCGUUGGCAAGUGGGCUUCUUGAGAUGGUUGCUUUUCCGCGCAUCGAUGAAAGGCUCAAUGCUCAUGCGCAAUAUCGCAUGGCUAAAGAGGAGAAUGGUGGUAAGGAUCCAUUCGGGCCUGAAGGUCAACCUCAUUUCGAAAUUGACUUUGUCCCCAUGUUUUGCGAUGCCUUCCAAUGGCACUUCCCUGUCCCACCAGAAGGGGACUGGUUGACCGUUAUCGUCGACCUCCUCCGGCCUCAGUCAAAGGAAGGAUAUGUGAGGCUGAACUCGACAGAUCCACGAGAGCAGCCUGACAUCAACCUCAAGUACUUCUCCAAUGAACUUGAUAUUUUGGCCCUGAGGGAGGGAGUCCGUUAUAUCGAUCAAAUUUUAAUGGAGGGCGACGGAAUGAGAGACAUCAUCGGGGAAGACUAUCCAUGGCCUAUGCCUCGGGAGUCAGAUGAGGAGAUGGAUCGGCUUGUCAUAGACCGGGCACAGACUGGAUAUCAUCCAUGUGGUACUGCCAGGCUGUCUCCGCAUAUCUCUCAGGGAGUUGUUGAUUCCGAAUUGAGAGUUCAUGGAGCCAAGAACCUUCGAAUCAUUGAUGCAUCCAUCAUUCCGGUUAUUCCUGACUGUCGAAUUCAGAAUGCCGUUUACAUGAUCGCCGAAAAGGUAGUAUGCCAUCCUUGUGGAUCUGAAGAUGAACGCUAA